UAGUCAACCUCAUGCACCUUGAGAUAGAUGAAUGUGAUAGUUUGACUUAUAUGUCAGUUGGAUUGGGGCAACUGACUAACCUUCAGACGUUAUCCGCAUUUUAUGUCCACUCGGGUUUUCCCUCCAGACAUAGUGAUAGUAGUGGUUUACAAGAAUUAGGCGGAUUAAAUAAGCUGAGAGGAGAGUUGGAGAUUAAAAAUCUGGGACAUGGGAAAGGUGUUACGUUAGAUUGUAAGGCUGCGAAUCUGAAGGAGAAACAACAUCUUCGUACUUUGACUAUACGGUGGAAAGAGGUUGGGUUAGAUGAUGCCAAUAAUUGGGAUGAAGCGUCAUUGGAAGGCUUCGAACCGCACCCAAAUCUGAAAGGGCUUUCCUUAUAUCACUAUCAGGGUUCAAGGCUUCCAAGUUGGCUCUUGUUACUCACAAAUCUUGUUUCAUUUGAAUUAACGUCUUCUCCGAAAUGCCAGUAUUUGCCAACGUUGAGUCAACUGCCUUCUCUCAAGUAUCUUAGUCUUGAUUCGUUGGAGGCUAUGGAGUACAUAUCAGAAGACGGUGAUAGCAAUGAGUUAUCUUCUUCUUCAAGGGUGCAAACACCAUUUUUCCCGUCUCUCGAGUUUAUUUGGCUCUAUAAAUGCCCUAAUCUCAAGGGGUGGAGGAGGAGGAGGAAGAUGGAUUCUUCUGUGGAGCUCAAUAGUGAUAGUGAUAAUUCCGUUGAAAUAACGGAGCAUCAUUUACUCCCUUCCUUUCCUCGUCUCUCAGAAUUAUCGAUCUGGUAUUGCCCUACGUUGACUUCCAUAGAGUGGAUCCACAACUGCAAAUCACUUCGACUGCUUGAAAUUCGUAAUUGCUUGAAUUUGGCGUCUCUUCCCGAAGGAAUGCAUAGGCUAACAUCUUUGCAGAAGCUAACAAUUAAGGAUUGUCCCAUCUUAUUGCAAAGAUACAAUAGAGACACAGGUAAGGAUUGGGCCAAGAUCGCUCACAUUCCAGAGUUACAUUUAUCGUAACUGCCUCAAGAGUGAGAAAAUUCAAGCACCCAUGCAUGCAUUUCGACUGAUUCGAUGCAGAAGCAGCAGAAUCCGUUCAAGGCACAGAAGAAACAGGGGACAAAGAUUCAGAGCUUAUAAAAAUUAAAUGAAGAAAAUGAAAAUUAUUAUAUCUGCCAGACUACCUCAACUGAGAAAAAAUUAAAACACCCAUGGAUCUUCGAUUUAUUCAGAAGUAGCAGAACCUAUUGAAGUACAGAAGAAACAGGGGAAAGGGAUUCAGAGCUUAUUAAAAAAAAUCUAGGGCACUACGUGAUUCUUCACAUAUUACGAGCAAUUAGUGGAAAUUGGCACUUGGUGAAAUUGGAGCAAAUAUUGUGCGGAAGAUUCAAUCUGGCAACAACACUCUGAGAAUUACCAUACUGCACGGGUAUUUUUGGCUUCUCAACUUUUUUGAUUCUUUAUAUGGAAGCAAGAUGGGAAUCAAAUGUUGAAACAUAGAAGAAUGUCUUUUGUCAAAGAAAGCUGGUUCUACAAGUAUGCAGCAACUAGCAAACAAUUGUAGAAACAUGUGAUUACUCAAUUGAGACGGCUCUUAAAGACUAAAAAGUUUAAAGCUGGCAUUUGGUAAUUCACUUUCCAAAUAAGAUGACAAGAGCCAGCAGUAUCAUAUGUUGGAACUGUGAAAUGGCCACCUCAACAAUUUCAAAGGGACUUGCAUUUUGGUCAAAGUGGAAAAUUAUGCUGUUUUGAUAUGCCUCUUUGAAGGCCAAGAAGGUGAAUUACGAGUUAUUCUUAUGAAGAGAUCCAUGAAAAUAGCCUCUCACCGAGGUAUAGAUUUGCACCAAAUUGAUGAUCCACGGUGGAUGUUGACAGUUUGAGUGAAGAAGAUUGAUGUGAGUUUAAUUCCAUGUGGCAAACGAGGGAUGUAGCAUUGCCAAGUGGGAAAAUGGAGGAAGGAGAUGUAGAUGACUCUGCUACUGCAUUGAGAGAAGCCAUGGAAGAGAUUGGCUUGGAGCCCAAUCUGGUUCAAGUGCUUGGUACUCCUGUACUAAUGGAGGUAAGGAAUACAAAGACAAAGCUUUGCUAGGAGGGUGAAGGAAGACUUGCAUGCACAUAUCUCAUACCAGCAGUAGCUUCCCCGCGGAUUAUGUGCCCAUUGUGUUCGACAACUUUUGUGCUAAUGUCGUGGUUGAUGGGUGUACUAGUAACCUUGGACUAUGGGACAUUGCUGGAUAUGAGGAUUAUAACUGGUUGAGGCCUUUGAGCUACAGAGGUGCAUAUGUUUUUUUUGUUGGCCUUCUCUCCUAUCAGCAAAGCCUGCUAUGAAAUGAAAAUAUCUCCAAGAAAUGAAUUCCUGAGUUGUGGCAUUACGCCCCAACUGUGCCAAUUGUGCUUGUAGGACCAAACUUGAUGUACGGGGAGACAAGCAGUAUUUGAUUGAUCAUCUUGGCACUACAUCAAUGAUCUUGCAGUUGGCUGUUGUUUGGAAAGAGGAUUGUCGACCAAAAUAGGGAGGAAAAUUCAUAUGUUAUUGGUUAAGUUGGUGUCACCGAGUCUCAUGCCGAAGCUUGGAAAAGCAGGUAGCUUGCAGAGUAGGCAGGCCAUUGUGCAUAGUCUUGUGCACACUGAGAGCUGGGCUAUUGACUUGUCUUGGGAUAUAAUAGCUCGCUUUGGUAAGCAAGCUGCAAUGCCAAGAGACUUCUUCACCGAUUUUGUUAAGGUGGCUCAGGAUGAGGGCCGACACUUCACUCUCCUUGCAGAACGGCUAGAGGAGUUGGAUUCUUUUUAUGGAGCAUUACUAGCUCACGACGGCCUCUGGGACUCUGCUACUGGCAUUGAAGAAAUGGAGCCAUAGUUACAAAUCAUGCAACUUGGUUCAGGAUUUUUGAGAUGAAUCGAUCCUAUCUACCAUUUGUGGAGAUGGCUCAUUUUCUUGAACUUCUCCAAAUAUUUAUCCUAUCACCGGGCUUGUACAUAGUGUGGGCUCAUUUAGUUUUAAUGCAACACUGGAGUGCACCCUUUCUCUAUGUUGUUCAAAUGUUUCAUCAGUGAAUGAUGUUUUAUAAAUCAUAACAAAUUGAGUUUGAACACAGGCAAGUGGAGUUGAUGUGCUGUCGACAACCAUUUCUCGGUUUCGCAAUGGGUGUGAUAAUGAGACAGCAGAUUUACUAGAGAGAGUGGUUUGCCCAGAAGGGAUUACCCAUUGUGCUGCUGGUGUUAAAUGGUUUAAGUAUCUUUGCCUGAGGGCUGAAAAUCCUACUUGGGAUCAGGGCAGCAUGGCAUCUCCAGGUGGGUUAGGAGAAAGUGAAAAAACGCUAGAGGAAAAUGAAGCAAUUCAGAAGUUUCACUCGAUAGUGAGGACAUACUUCAGGGGACCAUUGAAACCACCUUUCAAUGAGGAAGCAAGAAAAGCUGCUGGGUUUGGCCCUCAGUGGUAUGAACCACUUACUGUCAAAGAGGUUAGCUCUAGAAUGGAAACAGUAUUGUAAUUAGCAAAAAUAUUCUGAUAAAGCUUGUUCAGGACACUGGAAUCGCAUCUUAUAUUUCUCUUGAAUUUUUAAGAGGCAAAUGCGUUUUUCCUUCUUCUUCUUUUUUCCCUUUAUUUUAGAUUAGGCUGCCCACAAUGGGGUCAUAGAUUUAAUCCUAAGAAGCUGUUUUUGAAUGCAUAGAAUAGUGCCUUUGAAUCUGGGUUGUUUUGAUACAAUGUACGGUUUUAGGAAACGUUCUGUUUUUCUUGUUUAGUUUCUUAUUUGCUUA